GGACAAGCAGGUGCCGCCACACACUCCAGGAGCCGCGGGGCAAGUAGACCUUGCGUGACCCUCGCCCUUUUGCAGCCUGACCUGGAGGACAGACAGCGUCCGGCUCAGGCUGCCCACGAUGGCCCUCCUGACACACCUGCUGGUCUGCGUCUUUGGCAUGGGCUCCUGGGUAGCCAUCAACGGGCUCUGGGUGGAGCUGCCUCUGCUGGUGACCGAGCUGCCCGAGAGCUGGUACCUGCCCUCCUACCUCACCGUGGUCAUCCAGCUGGCCAACAUAGGCCCCCUCCUAGUCACCCUGCUGCACCGCUUCCAACCUGGCUGCCUGUCCGAGGUGCCCGUGAUCUUCCUCAUCCUGUGCAUAGGCACAGCUGCCUGCAUCCUCUUGGCCUUCCUGUGGGACACGACCUCCUGGAUACAGGGCGGACGCCAUAGUGUGGCCUUCAUCGUCCUCACCUUCUUCCUGGCCCUGGUGGACUGCACCUCCUCUGUCACUUUCCUGCCCUUCAUGAGCCAGCUGCCCACGUAUUAUCUCACCACCUUCUUCAUAGGAGAGGGGCUCAGCGGCCUCCUGCCCGCGCUGGUGGCUCUCGCCCAAGGCUCAGGCAUCACCACCUGUGUCAACGCCACACAGGCACCAGGCACCACCUUGAGCCCUGUGACCACAGUGGAGACCCACGUCACCCAGACCACCCACAGCCCUUCUUCCCUGUCACCCUGGCACCUGGAGAGUCACUACCUGGCCCCACGCUUCUCACCACUGCUGUUCUUCCUACUGCUCGCCUUCCUGAUGGGCUGCUGCCUGGUCGCCUUUUUCCUCCUGCAGCGGCAGCCCUGGGGACGGCAAGGCUCCAUAGAGGACCUUCUCCACUCCCAGGUCACCCUGCACUCCAUCAGGCCGCGAGACACAGAGGACACCAGCUCACUGGGUACCUAUGUGAGCAGCCCAGGCAAGGAGUCGGUGGAAGCCAGUGCAGCCCCCCUCCGCCCAGCCCAGCUGGCCUUCAUCUACUCGGUGGUGGCCUUUGUCAACGCGCUCACCAAUGGCGUGCUGCCUUCAGUGCAGACCUACUCCUGCCUGCCCUACGGACCUGUUGCCUACCACCUGUCGGCCGCCCUCAGCAACGUGGCCAGCCCUCUCGCUUGCUUCCUCCCCACCUUCCUGCCUAACAGGUCACUGCUGUUUCUGGGGUUGCUCACGGUGCUGGGAACCAGCUUUGGGGCCUACAACAUGGCCAUGGCUGCCAUGAGCCCCUGCCCCAUCCUGCAGGGUCACUGGGGUGGAGAAGUCCUCAUCGUGCUCUCCUGGGUGCUGUUUGCCGCCUGCCUCAGCUACGUCAAGGUGAUGCUGGGUGUGAUCUUGCGUGACCGGAGCCGCAGCGCCCUCUUGUGGUGUGGGGCAGCAGUGCAGCUGGGCUCCCUGGUCGGCGCCCUGCUCAUGUUCCCGCUGGUGAACGUGCUGAAGCUCUUCUCGUCUGCCGACUACUGCAGCCUGGACUGUUCCGUCUAGCCUCCCUUGGCCACCACAGGACACCAGGACACCAUCGCUGAGGUGCGCCACCAGAACCCAGAGAGGCAAGGUGAACAAGCCCUGCCCCCUUCUCCGCGAGGGCAUAGAUCUGGGUCCGAGCUUUUGAAACGCGCGGCCCUCCCCCAACCCUGUGCCCCAGUGCUGAUGAGCCCCAGCUGCGGACGUCAUUCUUGGACUUCUGAGAGAUCUGGUUUGUAGCGUUCAGCUGGAGGCAGCCCAAGGACAUUAGGGAGAGAUCUCUGAGAGAUUAAGUUUCCCCUUGCCUGCUGUGAGAACUUAGGGAAGUCGACUCUCUAGGCCUGUUUCCUCAUUAAAGGAGGGUUGUAGUAAGCAGCCUUUAGCUUGUAGGUUUAAUCUAGCAGGUUCUCCUGAACUCUCUCCUGCGUGGACACCCUUCUUAACACAGGCCGGAAGUGGUCAGAGGGCUUAGGAAGGCCCCUGCCCCCAUCCCUUUUCUGUGUCCCAAGAAAGAACCUCUACAGGACACUGGCUACAGAAACUCCAAGCAUCUUGGCCCUGGGUCCCAGUACAGCUCUCCACCUCCCUGUCCCCCAGGAUGGUGAGACCCUAAGAUAAGUUGAGGGAAAACCUGCCUCUGAAAGUGAACUCCGCCCGGAUGCAUAGUGGCCAGUGAAGACCUUUAGAGGGUGUCUCAGGCAGGAGGGGUGUUGUUUGUAACUAUCACUCGGUUUUUGUAUUUUGUUCCUUUUUUAUAAAAAUUAAAACUUUCUAUGCUUUUACACUA